AUGCCCAGCUUCCACACGUCAGCCGCCGCCCAAGCUUUGUCGCGUCCUCCAGCUUCCUCACAGUUGUCGCCACCACUGCUAACCUCUAUGCAUCCUCCAUCUCCGUCCCAAGCGCCACCGGUGGCUACCAACACAACCCCUAUGCCAGCAACCCAAGGCAAAAUUCCGCCUCCACCAUCGAAGACCCGAGACUCCGUCCUCAUUAACCCAAGACUCAUACCAGUUGCUCCAUCCCCGAAAGUUGUGCCACUAUCGUCGUCGGAAGACUGCAAGGAAAUGGAGAAGAAGAUGAAGCCCUUGCCUCGCCCAGAUUCCCCAUAG